CUUUCACAAACCCACUUACCCCUCACUGUCAAUAAUUCGAGUUCCUUAAGCUUACUAGGCGCCGGGCCUUUCUAUCUACCCCGGCCCGUAUUUCCAAGAACGUUAGAAAUUUCUCAUUGGUGGGUGUUGUGACCGAGAGUGGAUUGAUGAUGGUGGGGAUUGUAGGAUGUUAGCUGAGUGCUCUAUAUAUCUAUUAUAUAUUCCUUCCUCGUUCCCGAGACUUCCUGUCUUCCACCACAUAGUACAACCGCCAAGAUGGGAGCUGUCAAUACGAUAUCAGACCUGUUGUCUCAAAUCGACCUUUUGAUGUGUGUAUGCGCAAUUGCUGCAUAUACAUUCAGUUUAGUCGUGUAUAGACUGUAUUUCAGUCCUCUAUCUGGAUUCCCAGGUCCCAAACUGACAGCAGCGACUGAAUGGUACGUGACAUAUUUUCAAGUUGUGAAAGACGGGCAGUUCUGGCGAAAAAUUCCCGAGUGGCAUGAGAAAUAUGGUUCGUACCUCGGUCCCGUGUUUCUUCUUGUACUAAGUUUUGUCAGGCCCCAUUGUCCGCAUCAGUCCUACAGAACUCCAUAUUAGCGAUCCUGAAUUUUAUGAUACAAUCUACACUACCGAUGUACGCGACAGAGUCCAUCUCCGCAAUGCGCUACCCACGGCACGUUCCUCAACUCAUUCCACAGUGGAUCACUUCCUUCAUCAAAGACGACGCGCAGCUCUCAGUCCUUUGUUCUCUAGGCUCAACAUUCAGAAAUUCAUCCCUCUCAUACAAUCUCGUGUUGAUAUCAUAGUUAAGCGAAUUAAUACCGAAUACAAAGGUACUGAUAGAGUUCUCAACCUCGGAAAUGUAUUUUCAUGCUUUACGGCGGACGUAGUGAUGGAAUGUAGCUUUGGUUCCAAUUAUGGAUUUUGUGAAAGAGAAGGAUUUACGUCGGAAUUUAUGGAAGCUACCCACAGCAUGAUGUCUGUCUUGCAUUGGACGGCGCAAUUUCCGAUUUUGGCGUGGAUUAUGAAUUCGGUUUCUGCUUUGCCGUAUAGGAUCAUGAAGGAGAUUGUGCCGAAGAAUUCGGGGCCCGUUUUAAGUUGGCUCGAGGUAAGAUUGAUGUAGCGACGUCAAGGAAAGAUUGAUACUGAUUUUUCGAUAGGAUAUCAGAAUUGAACUGAGGGCCGUGAUGUAUGGAACGAAGGAGAAGACUGGAACCACGCAAUCGACAAUAUUUCACGAAAUCCUGAAAUCAGACCUUCCUCCCGAAGAGAAAAGCGAGAAAAGACUUCAUGAUGAAGCACAAGUGGUCGUCGCUGCUGGGAUUGAGACGACCCAAUGGACAUUGACAGUGGCAAUGUUCUAUCUCCUAGACAACUCGGAGCUUCUUUCUAAGCUACGAGCUGAGAUCCUCACGGUUUUUCCAGACCCAUCCUCUCCUCCUUCAUUAGCAACACUUGAGAAGUUGCCGUACUUGACCGCGGUUGUGCAGGAAGGUAAUGUAGCCAUUGAGUUUCAUAAAUGCCGAAGUAUUCUCUGACGUAACCGGGCUCAAUAGCACUUCGAUGUUCCAUAGGCCUACACGCACACGGUCCCCGUGUAGCACACAAACCUCUCUCAUACACAGAUCCAACAACAGGACGCACUUACACCAUUCCAGCCGAUACCCCAUUAUCGUGCGCCACGCCCAUGAUUCAUUACAAUGAAUCCAUCUUCCCAUCCUCACAUUCUUUCAUUCCUGAACGAUGGCUUUCAGAUCCAAUCACCGGCCAACCACCCAAGGUCAAACUUGCUUCCGGAGAAGAAAAGCCACUAACAAAAUUUCUAGUCACCUUCUUGAAAGGUAGUAGACAAUGCUUAGGGAUGAAUUUAGCCUAUGCGGAGAUCUAUCUUGCACUGGCGAGUUUUACAAGGAAAUGUGAAUUCGAGCUGUGGCAAACUACACAUGAAGCGGUUGAAGCGUGGUCUGAACAUAAUGUUCCAACCCCCAAACCAGGCACUGGAGUCAGAGUCAAAGUUCUCUGAGAUGAAAGGCCUAAAAUGUAGAAUGAUAUAUGUGUGAAGCACUUAUAAUUAAUUAUAGGCUGGGGUCCCAAUGGGUGGAGCUGAUCCCAUGCCGGUACUCCUGAGGAAGGCCUUCUUCAGGGUUAUCAGCCCUGAUUUAGAAGUUUUAGAUUCCGCAAUGUAUAUGUAUAUCCCGACGUGUCGGAUACUGAUAGUGCCUAAAAAGACAUGUUCUUAUACG